CGGCAGCCUGAGGCGGCAGUGCCCACGGCAGCCGAGCGGGGCAGUGCCCAGCAGCCAGCCAGCGCCGGGCCUCGCCGGGAGCCGCGGAGCACGGCGGGACAAAGUGCCCUCUGUCCCGGCACAGCCGCCACCGGCACAGCCGCCACCGGCACAGCCGCCACCGGCUCAGCCUCGCUGCCCCGGGCGGCGGACGCGGAGGAGCGGAGCUCUUCAUGACGGAAAGGCGAGCGGGGAGCGUGCGGAGCGGGGCCAGCGGCCGUGCCUGCGGACACGGCGGGCGGCGGCAGCACCGGGCGCAGGGACAGCCACGCUCCGCACCCGCCGCGGCGCCGGCCGCCGGCCAUGGGAAACGGCAUGAGCCAGAUCCUCCCCGGCCUCUACCUUGGGAACUUCAUUGAUGCCAAAGACCUGGAGCAGCUGAGCAGGAACAAGAUCACUCACAUCGUUUCCAUCCAUGAAUCUCCCCAGCCCCUGCUGCAGGACAUCACCUACCUCCGGAUCCCCCUGCCAGACACCCCUGAGGCCAACAUCAAGAGGCACUUCAAGGAGUGCAUCAGCUUCAUCCACCAGUGUCGCCUGCACGGAGGGAACUGCCUCGUCCACUGCCUCGCCGGCAUCUCCCGCAGCACCACCGUGGUGGUCGCCUACGUCAUGGCCGUGACGGAGCUGAGCUGCCAGGAGGUGCUGGAUGCCAUCCGGACCAUCCGCCCUGUGGCCAACCCCAACCCUGGCUUCAGGCAGCAGCUGGCCGAGUUCGGCGGAGGCUCCGCUCGCAAGGUCCGCAGGCACCUGAAGCAGAGGUUUGGGCCAUCCCCUUUCAACGACGAGGAAGAAAUCAAAGCCUUGCUGCCAGCCGGGAGGGGAGGAUCAGCCAGGGCAGAGGGUGCCCGGCAAGGACUGGUACCGAGAGCCAGAGACACGAGGAGCACAACUCCCUUCCUGCUGCGGGUGAAGAGGACAUUCUCCUGCAUCCCAGCUUGUCUGAAGUGACCCAGGCAAGGGAGAGUGGCCAGAGUCACCCAGCAGCCUGGGAGAGACGAAGGAGCCACUGCAGAGCACCCUGCAAGGAGCCACGUCAGCCCAGCCCCUUCUUCUCUUCUCCGUGCCACCCCCUGUCCUGGCUCUCAGCUGCCAGGAAGGGAUUCCUGGGCACUGCCAGGCUCUGCAGCAUGCAGUGGGCUCAGCCUCUUCUCAUCCAGCAUCCUGGGGACACUGCUGAAAGGUGCCCCCAGGUCAGCACAGGCUCCUGCUUGGGGCAGUGACAAAUGGGCUCUCACCGGCACCUGGGUGAUGCCAGCAGCACCUUUACCCCUCUGGUGCCCGCUGCAGGGCCUUGGGGCACACAGGGUGCAGUGGAACCAGCGAUCCCCUUGGAGCAGUUUGCCCACCAGCAGCACAAGCUCCCAGAGCCAUAGUGGAUAUGGGGCAGGGACAGGUGGGCACAGGGGCAGGUGAUGGCACCACAACGGCUCCCAGGCAAGGGCCCAGCUGCAGCCCAGCCAAGCACGAGCCCUGAGUGAGCAGUGCAGCUUAGGAGCCCAGAGGAGCAUUGCAACCCAUUCCCACCCAUCCCAGGGCACAAUCUCUAAAGGGUGGGAGCUCAGCCUUUAGCCACCCACCUCAGCAGAGCCUUAAAGCCAUUUUGCUCAAAGACUUUCUAGGCCCCCUCCACCCAGUAAUAAAACCUUUCCUCCAUG